AUGGUACUACCCUCUCUACGUGUUAUUAUCGAUGGCGACGGCAACAAAGUGUAUAGUCGAGGGGACAAGGUCACUGGAAGGAUUGUUUGUGUAGCAGAAGAGCAGGAACAUGUUGAAUCACUCAAGGUGGUGCUUACUGGGAGUUGCGUUACUAAGACGACACGGUCUUUCUUCUCUGUCGGCAGCGACAUUAGCGACCAGUUGAGACGCGACUAUGAGGAACGAAUUUGCCUUUUCAACCACGAGCAAGAGCUGGUGCCACGAUCCACCCUUCGUCCUAAUAAGUACUCGUGGACGUUCGAAUUUACAUUUCCGGAAUUGACAGAGCCUCACUAUAAGCGAGUUGUUCAUGGAGCCAACUAUUUGAGACGCCCGCAUCCUCUUCCGCCGUCAUUUCAACUCCAAACUUCCGUUCCAGGCGGAGCUGCUCAGGUGGUUUAUUCUGUGCAGGCAAAGCUGAAACUUGGCGGGUCGAAAGGUUCUAGAAGAGCGAAACAUAUCCUGCAAUAUCAACCGAAGCCACCGGGAGACGCUUCGCGCGAUAUUCAGACCUUCUCAUCUGCACUGUACGGUCAGACCUGGAAACCCACUACUGCAGAAGAGGACGCCAAACCAACAGUCAACAAGGUCUUCACCAAAGUCUCAGGCCGCUCUUCAUCGAAAACUGAACCGGCUCCGCGUAUUGUGCCCAUCAUCUCAUACCCAGAGAGAGUAGCCCCAGGACAUCACAUCCCACUCGAACUCAAGCUGAUAAAUACGCGCGAUCCACUCAAUGAGGCGCAGUCAGAAUGCACUCUCGACUCCCUAUCAGUUACCCUAUCAACAUAUUCAACCAGCAUGUGUGGGAACUCGUCGACUCAGCCUGAAGACAUCGUUCUGAAACACGUCCCUUGCAUAGCACGAACGAACAUGAACAAAUCCGUCCUAUUCGGCACUGCCCAGGCAUUGACAAACAACUUUCGUCUUGUCACUGACACGGAAUGCGUCCCUACUUUCAAAACCUACACCAUCACCAGACGAUACACAUUAAGUAUAAGCAUCGGCAUCAAAUACGCAGACCAGCGCUCCACAAUCCACUUCACCACGCCGCUCGAGAUUCUCCCUCCUAGACCUCAUCGUCUGUUGCCGCCCCCGCUCGAAGAAGGAGAUGAAAUCGACCCACUUCCACUUUACAUGCCGAGGGAGCUAGACAUGGAAUGUGCGCCGGAUUAUGAGCUGGUGUGUGCGCUGUCUAGGACCUCUUCGGCCUCUGCUUCUUCUACGCUCUCGAGAUCGACGAGUUCGAGCUUUAACUCGGGUGCUGGUACACCGUCAACUAGUUCGUCGACGCCUGACGAGAAGAUGAAGCAGCCAGUCUUUAGGCAUGAAGAGGCAUAG